AUGUCUGAAGUCAAGCAGUUCCCUACGGUAGAUCUCAGCAGGGAGAGCAAAAAGGCUUCCGUUCAACAAUCGAAUGCGAAUCAAAAUCCAAGAUUAAUCAAGAAAAAUCGUACUCAUUACAAUUCUAUGAGUCACGCAGGAGUUAAUGGUCUUACUCUUGCUACUACUGGUGGUGCCCCCGGAGCAGGAAACAUUCUGUGUAAUCGCACAUCUUAUGGCAAGAAUAGCCGCAAGCCCCGUAAUGGCUUUCGGCGUGGAUCAAGAAAAGCGUCUGACAAAGACGUUUGGGACAUCGCUUGUGAUGAAUUGGAUGAGUUGGAGCUUGAUCCAAAUGACCCAGACUAUGAGUCUGAUGAAGAGAGUCCUGAAGUCCUCGGAAACAUAAAAGCAGCUUAUAAUGAAGAAGAAUUCGAUAACCGCGUUUCAGAUCUUAUUCAUGCGUACUAUGAUCAUUGCAAUGUUAACGAAAUAAUUGAAGCCUUACAAGGUAUUGCAAUGACUCCAAUGCAAAGAAGACGUCUUCCUGUUCUAGCUAUUAAUCUGGCCCUCCAACAUAAGGUUGGCCAUUGUGAACUGACUUCGGAGUUACUCUCUGAAAUGUGCGGCAAGAUUAUUAGCAUGUCUGGGAUGCAACAAAGCUUCCGCCUGCUCCUUGACGAUAUGCCUGAAAUCGUUAUUGAUGUUCCUAAGGCUCCUGAUUAUAUUGGUCGCUUCAUUGCUCGCGCCGUUGCGGAUGACAUCCUCCCGCCAAAAUUCGUUCAACAGUACAAGGAUUUGAAUGCCGUAAUGCCACCUCCUGGUACAUCUCCUAUUGUAUCUGAUACUGUUCAUCCUCCGGUUCGCAUAGCAUCACGCCAUAAUAGCGUAAAUUUCCCAGAAAGUGUAGGAGCGACUCGUAGCAGUUCUGGUGUUAGUUCAUGCGAUACCAACAUGUCUCCACCUAGUGGAGAUGAGCCUAACUAUGCUCUGCAAGCUAUCAACAAUGCGGAAUCACUCCUCACUUCAAACCACGCAUACCGUCAUUUAGAUAUUGUCUGGGGAAUUCCACCAAAUGAGCGUGUUACAACUAUGUUGAUGAAGCAAAUCUACUCCAUUAUCAUGCGCUACGCUAGUGGUGGUAGAUUUGAGACCGUCAUCAGCAGCUUGAAUGAUCUUGAUUCUCCGCAUUUCCUACAUGAGGUCGUCUAUCAGGCUAUUAUUAUCGCAAUGCAAUACAAUGAAAAAGACGAAGUGAGAAUUAAGAUGCUAGAACUGUUGGAUAAAUUGUGUCGUGCUGUUAUUAUUAGCUACGACCAGUUGGUGACUGGUGUUAGAAGAAUUUAUACUGAAUUACCCACUCUCCAGCAGGAGAUGCCCAUUAUUUAUGUUCUUCUUGAGCGUUUCUUGCGCACUGCCGUUGAGAUGGGUUUUAUGCCUCAAAAGCUCGCCAAAGAGAUGCCCAAAAAUCCAAGAAGAAGGUUUGUUUCGGAGGGUGAUAGUAUUCGCAAAACGAGCGGUGCAAUCGAACGCAUCUAG